AUGGAUGAAGUGGACGGAACAAGGUUUGGUCUGCAGCCAAAUAGUCGCUUGGAGUACGAAGUCAUGCCAGACUCAUUCGACAAGAGUGGCACAUUCUCGCUCCAAAUUCGUCCUACCGCCUUCAAUGGAGUGAUUAUGUUCGCGACAAACGACAAACAUACUGAUCAUAUUGGACUGUUCCUGCUCAAUGGUCGCCUUAUACUGUCGUUCGACACAGGGUCAGGCCAGACCGUCAUCCACUCGAACCGAUCGAUUCUCAACGGCGAAUGGCACUCGGUCAAGGCGUCACGACGUGGAAGCGAAGGCCUUCUGGUCGUUGAUGAUGAAUCCGCUGAAGCUGUGGUCUCAGCCGGCACUGACGCCAUCGACACUCAGCCACCGCUCUAUCUGGGUGGUAUACCGAACGAGCUGGCCAGCUACGCAAGAACUAUUGUACCGGGUGUGAGAUCCGAAUUCGGUGGUUGCAUCAGAGAAUUCAAGCUGAAUGACAAGAAGUUCGACACGAUAGCUCGAGAUCAUGGUAUCGGCGAGUGCAGCGCUAGAACGGAAAGCGGAUUGUACUUUGGCAAGGAAGGAGGAUACGCUAUCCUCAAGAAGGAGUUCCAGGUCGGCCAGUCAUUCUCUGCCGAGUUGGAGGUGCGUCCACGUACAAAGAAUGGUGUGCUGUUCUCCGUUGGUGUUGUCGAAUACCUGACUGUACAAAUCCUCGACGGAGCUGUGAAGUUCACUGUCGAUAGCGGUUCGGGAGCUGAAUCGCUGGUUUAUACUCCGCCGACAACAAAUACUAUUUGCGAUGGUCAUUGGCAUUCGAUCAAGGUAAGUUGGCGUUCACACUAG